AUGAAGGAAACGGCGCCGGAUCAACUAACUUAUAGAGCUAACCGACAAAGGACAUACUUUCAAAGCCGUCGUUUCACACCGCGGCGCACAUCUGGUAACCACGACAACUUGCUACUCGGGGUUUUUGUACGAACAACACCAACACCAACAAUGCCAGCGAUACCAAUCCUGCGCUCAUUGUCUUCCAUCUUAUUGCCUUUCCCUCUGGCGUUGAUCAAAAUCUUCUAA